CCGUCACAUCCCCUCCUACCUGACUAUGGCGAGAUAGCACGAUGGACUGCGCCAAUUGCGAACACAAGCAGCGCCAGUUCUUCUGCGCAAAGUGCAUCGGCACCCAAGUGCGCAACUUUCGGAAUGAGACGCAGAUCCAUGCGGCGGAGCGCGAUACGGCGGUCGCUGCUGCCAGCAGUGCGCUGGAGUGGAUACAGCCCGUAAGGACACGGAGAGCCGAGGUCGCAGCACAUCACUAUAGGGUGGCGGAAGUAAAUGAAGCACUGGCGUGGACGAGGAGGGAGAACGACAAGAAACGCGAUCGAUGUCGAGCCCUGCGCGAACGGAUUGCCAGUCGCCGGCAGAUGCUCGUCGCAGCGCGCCUCGUCCCUAGUCCCACCGCCGACAACGAACAUCUGAUAGCUAAUGAAACUCAAGAGCUCACAUCACUAUCCUCCGCCAUCCGCGGCGCUCGCGCAGGGCUUGUCCAGGAACUCGUCGAAGUGUUCAACAUCGUGCAAGUCGGCGGUCGCCCCUCCAUCGGCGGCAAGGCCGGCACCAAGGGCGAGUGGACGAUCGGGGACCUCAUACUUCCCGUGCCAGGGGACAUACGACGCUACCCCCCAGACCACAUCAACGCCGUCAUGACGCACAUCGUGCACUUUCUCUCCCUCCUCACCUUCUACCUCGGCGUCAAGAUGCCCUUCGAGGUCUCCUGGUCCGGCGGCAAGCUCGGCGUCGGGCAGCCCAUGAUCAGCGCGAUCCGCGGCGGCGAGAGCGGCGGGUGGGCGCGCUGGUACACGAAGCACUCGCUCCACGUGUCCGCGAAUCCGGCCUCGCCAACUGUAGGGUCGUCGUCGAGCUCCGGCGGAUCGAAUCCCCCGCCCACUGAGAGCGCGAUGGCGGACAGCGUCUACGAGAGCUCGACGCCGCCGGUCGCGUCCUCGUCGUUCACGACCGCGCUCACGAUGCUCCUGUACAACGUCGUCUACCUCGCGCACACGCAGAACGUCGCGGUCCCGCUCAACCAGGCGGGCGACGUGCUGAGCAAUCUGUGGAGCAUAUGCUGCAGUGUGGACCUGGGGAAAGCCUCGCACGCCACCACACCCCGCCUGCCCCCACCCACCCCUUCUUCCUUCCCCCUCGACUUCUCCAAGCUCCUGCAAGUCACGAGCGUCAGCCCGCGCGCCAGGGCGAGCAGCGAGAGCGACAAGGCGCACAAGAGCAAAUCCUCGAGCUCGAAGACGCAUCGACAUCGGCAGCGGCAGGCGAAGAUAGAGGAGGAAGAGGACGGGUGGGAUUUGAUAGAGGGGGAGGAUAUGUGAGAGAAACACCUUACGUGUGCGCGCCUUUCGUCCACGAUAGACUGCCUGAGGGACCCCUCCGGACUAUGGAUCUGCUAUAUCUAUGCUAAUGCGCUAGACUGUUUGCUUGGCUCUUGCUUGUAUGUAUUGCUACUCUACCUGUGUAUAUACUCACGCUGUAUCAUUAUUGUGGAUUCUCGAGCCCUCAAUGGGUGUUUACGAACA